AUGCUGGGCGAGGCGGUGCUGGCCGCCGACUCUCGGCAGCAGGCCAUGAGCCGCGAGCUGAGCGGGCUUCAGAGCCAGGCCCAGCUGCUCAAGCUCAAGAGCCAGGAGGUGGACGACGUCUCGGAGGGUGGGUGUGCUUGUGAGAUGGCGAUGCGUACCCGCGACGACGGCCGGCGCGCGCUGGACGAGGCGCACGCGCUGCGGGGUGAGCUGACCAAGCGGCAGCUGCUGCUGGAGCGUCAGCAGUCCAAAGUGAAGGCACAAGAGCAGCUGCUGGCCCAGGAGCGGAUGCGGCUGAUCCAGGAGCGCCAGGCGCGACCCUCGCGCGCCCGGCCCGGUCCCGGCCCCGGCCCCGGCCCCGCCUCUGGGGCCGGUCUCAGCGUACCGGUCGGAGGUGCCGAGAGGACGCUGGGAGACGGCGCACCCGGCUCAGAGGUUGUGUCGGUGGACCCGACCGUGCUUCUGUGGAAGCUGCGGGCGGACGAAGACCGGGAGUUCCUAGAUCGGGAGGCCGCCUUCAUCAAACAGCUGACUUCCAGCAGCUGAGACCAGAC